AUGACAUGGAGAGCUAUGACAUGGAGAGCUAUGACAUGGAGAGCUGUGACAUGGAGAGCUGUGACAUGGAGAGCUAUGACAUGGAGAGCUGUGACAUGGAGAGCUGUGACAUGGAGAGCUGUGACAUGGAGAGCUAUGACAUGGAGAGCUGUGACAUGGAGAGCUAUGACAUGGAGAGCUGUGACAUGGAGAGCUGUGACAUGGAGAGCUAUGACAUGGAGAGCUGUGACAUGGAGAGCUAUGACAUGGAGAGCUGUGACAUGGAGAGCUGUGACAUGGAGAGCUAUGACAUGGAGAGCUGUGACAUGGAGAGCUGUGACAUGGAGAGCUGUGACAUGGAGAGCUGUGACAUGGAGAGCUGUGACAUGGAGAGCUGUGACAUGGAGAGCUGUGACAUGGAGAGCUGUGACAUGGAGAGCUGUGACAUGGAGAGCUGUGACAUGGAGAGCUGUGACAUGGAGAGCUGUGACAUGGAGAGCUGUGACAUGGAGAGCUGUGACAUGGAGGAGAGCUAUGACAUGGAGAGCUGUGACAUGGAGAGCUAUGCUGGAGCUGACAUGGAAGCUAUGA